GGUUUAUGAUUGAUUGGUCCACCAAUCAAGAAAGUAGGUAGGAGUAUUGUAAUUUCUGCUCUUGACUUCUUUGUAGUUGAAUGUGAAUGGAAGACAAAAAUCCCAGUUUCAAGAAUUCAUAAUCCUCUCCUUGAAAUUUCAAAAUCAAUACUUUUUGUGAUAUGAUUUGUGUGUGUGUUUUUGUGGCUCAAUCACAUCCUUAAUAUCUAUGAUUAUGAACAAUCAACACUCAACUUUUUAGCUCCAAGAAUUAGCUAGUACUACUACUAAUCAGACAUCAGUUUCAUGGUGCAGUACUAGAAUUCACAAUGUGUUUAUUACAGCAUGUGCAUAUGUCUUGAAGAUUGGAUGCUUAUUACUGAUCAAUAAUUCACACUGAUUUCCUACCCUUCAAGGAACAAAAUGCAUUAAAUGGCCCCAGAUAUUUGGCUGCCUGCUAAGACAGGACAAAAAUUAACAUAGUUUGUUUGACAACAAAAGAGCCUAAAAAAUGUAGUUGAAUAAGACAGAUGGGGUUAAAUCUUUGCUUGCUUGUAUAUCUUCGAUUGGGUGAAACGACGGCCUUAUCACUUAAGCCGCGAAGGUUGAGUUGGUGUUGCUGUCUUUAUGGCUUAUGUUUUUUACUUGGCCAUCCAUAUAAUAGGUGAUCAAAGGCCAAUCUCCGAUGUCUCUAGUGAUCUAACCAUCGAAGUCGGAACAGCAAGUUUUGCUCUUCACAAAUUCCCUCUCGUUUCCCGGAGUGGAAGAAUACGUAAACUGCUGGUCGAUGCAAAGGAUUCCAAGGUAUCAAGGCUGAAUCUCUCUGGCAUUCCUGGCGGAUCACAGGCAUUCGAGCAGGCUGCAAAAUUCUGUUAUGGAGUGAACAUUGACAUCACACUGUCAAAUGUGGCUAUGCUGAGGUGUGCUUCUCAUUUUCUUGAAAUGACAGAGGAGUUAUCUGAGAAGAAUCUCGAGGCUAGGGUCGAGGCCUACCUCAGAGACGUGGUCCUAGCCAGCAUACCAAACUCAAUCUCGGUGCUCCAUCACUGCGAGAGCCUGAUGCCAACCGCUGAGGAAAUCGGCCUUGUGAGCAGAAUCAUCAACGCCAUUGCAAACAAUGCCUGCAAAGAGCAGCUGACCUCUGGCCUGUCCAAGCUGGAGCACACCUUUUCCUCAAAGCCCGUUGCUUCGAUGGAGGCUGAGACGCCCUCGGACUGGUGGGGGAAGUCGCUCUCCCAGCUGAGCCUCGAUCUCUUCCAGAGGGUCCUCUCGUCCGUGAAGACCAAAGGGCUGAAGCAGGACUUGAUUAGUCGGAUUCUCAUAAACUAUGCUCAAAACUCCAUUCAAGGCCUAGUGAAGGGAAACAUCUUAGACAUCGAUCUCCAGAAGAAGCAGAGGAUCACUGUGGAGACCAUCACCGGUUUGCUCCCAACGCAGUCCAGGAAGAGCUCAGUCCCAAUGGCGUUCCUCUCGAGCCUGCUCAAGUCCGCCAUAGCUGCCUCCGCGUCCACUUCCUGCAGGUCUGAUCUGGAGAGGAGGAUCGGGCUGCAGCUGGACCAGGCGAUCCUCGAAGACAUACUGAUCCCCGUGAAUCCACACGGGAACAGCCACGCCCCUAUGUAUGACACCGACUCAGUGCUGAGGAUCUUCUCCAUUUUCUUGAACCUGGACGAGGAUGACGACGACGACGACGCUCAGCUGAGAGACGAGAGCGAGAUGAUGUACGACUUCGACAGCCCCGGCUCGCCCAAGCAAAGCUCAAUCAUCAAAGUCUCGAAACUGUUGGACAACUACCUCGCAGAGGUAGCACUUGACUCAAACUUGGCCGCAUCAAAGCUGAUCUCUCUAGCAGAGCUGCUCCCCGACCACGCUCGUAUGGUGUACGAUGGACUGUACCGCGCAGUCGACAUCUUCCUCAAGGUUCAUCCGAACAUGAAGGAGUCAGAGAGGUACCGGCUGUGCAAGACGAUCGACUGCCAGAAGCUGUCGCAGGAGGCGUGCAGCCACGCGGCCCAGAACGAGAGGCUGCCGGUGCAGAUGGCGGUGCAGGUGCUGUACUUCGAGCAGAUAAGGCUGCGCAACGCGAUGAACGGAGUGGGAGGGCAGAGCCACUUCUUCUUCGGGUCAAUGAACGGGUUCCCGCAGCGGUCAGGGAGCGGGGCGGGGAGCGGUUGCAUCUCACCGCGGGACAACUACGCAUCGGUGAGGAGGGAGAACAGGGAGCUGAAGCUGGAGGUGGCGAGGAUGAGGAUGAGGCUGACUGAUCUAGAGAAGGACCAUGUAUCCAUGAAGCAGGAGCUCGUGAAAUCGCACCCGGCUAAUAGGCUGUUCAAGUCUUUCGCUAAGAAGCUCAGCAAGCUCAACGCAUUGUUCAGGAUCAAGGACAUCAACCCCAAGGCUAAGACUAAGGCGGCCUCAGACGCUAGGUUUCUCUUUCAGAAACGGAGGCGCCAUUCUGUUUCUUGAUUGCUUUUUUGCUUGCUUGUAAUAUACAUGUAUAGAUUUACUCAUUCUGUUUUUUUUUGUUUUUGGGUUUUCUUUGCUGUUUUGAGGUUUUUAGUGUUUCAUUUUAUUUUUUUACUAUGUGGUAUUGCUUUGCCUGUUUAUUUUUGAUUCUUGCCUUCGUAGAAAUUUUACAUACUGUACCUCUCUGGGUCUACAAGCAUAUAUUAUAAUGUUAGUCUAUUUAAAAUA